UUCAUGACAGACUUCAUGAUAGUAGUACUCGUGUAAAGUAUUGUUGCAAGGUAAUUGUCAUGGCUUCGGAGCGGUAUAGUUUUUCAUUGACGACUUUUAGUCCGUCAGGCAAAUUGGUGCAGAUAGAAUAUGCCUUGGCUGCAGUAGCUGCUGGUGCACCAAGCGUGGGUAUCAAAGCAUUGAAUGGCGUUGUUCUUGCCACGGAAAACAAGCACAAAUCAAUUCUUUAUGAUGAGCACAGUGUCAGUAAAGUAGAAAUGAUCACGAAGCAUAUUGGUAUGGUCUACAGUGGCAUGGGUCCAGAUUAUAGAUUAUUAGUGAAACAAGCUCGAAAAAUGGCACAACAGUAUCUGCUAGUUUAUCGAGAACCUAUACCAACUGCGCAACUCGUACAGCGUGUUGCAAUGGUCAUGCAAGAAUAUACACAAUCUGGAGGUGUCAGACCAUUCGGAGUGUCUCUUCUAAUCUGUGGCUGGGACAAUGACAGGCCCUAUUUAUUCCAAUGCGAUCCGUCCGGCACGUAUUUCGCGUGGAAAGCUACUGCGAUGGGUAAAAACUUUAUCAACGGCAAAACUUUCCUAGAGAAAAGAUACAGCGAGGAUCUGGAAUUGGAUGACGCUGUUCAUACUGCCAUUCUAACGCUGAAGGAAGGUUUCGAAGGACAGAUGACUGCAGAUAAUAUAGAAGUUGGCAUUUGCGACGCGAACGGAUUCAGAAAGUUGGAUCCUUCUAACGUCAAGGAUUAUCUUGCAAAUAUUCCUUAAGCUUAAGUUUUUUUAAUGUAUUACCCAAAUAAAACUUCGCGAUUAAUGGAUUUGAAUCAGAUCUUUGUAAUAAAUCUUUUUGCCCAAAA